CGACCACCGGCGGUCGAACGCAGGCGAAAGGAAUUUUUCCCGUGAUCAGCCUCGGUUCAGUUCAGUUGCUGUCCAGACUCGGUCGGCGGGACUGCCGCCUGCAGCCAUUCUCCUACUGCCCACCCGUCAGUCUGAGCGCCCCCAGCCCUCCCGCGAGGGCUCCCCGGGACGGAAGGAUCCACCAGUCUGUCGGCGCCCGCCGUUCUCGUGGUCGCCGUCGCGGUCGUCGUUGUGGUAGUGUCUGCCGUCGCCUGGGCCAUGGCCAAUUAUAUCCACGUCCCGUCCGGCUCCCCGGAGGUCCCGAAGCUGGACGUCACGGUUCAGGAUCAGGAGGAGCAGCGCUGCCGGGAAGGGGCCCUGAGCCUCCUGCAGCACCUGCGGCCGCACUGGGACCCUCAGGAGGUGACCCUGCAGCUCUUCACAGAUGGAAUCACAAAUAAACUUAUUGGCUGUUAUGUGGGUGAUACAAUGGAGGAUGUAGUCCUGGUGCGAAUUUAUGGCAACAAGACUGAGUUGUUAGUCGAUCGAGAUGAGGAAGUGAAGAGUUUCCGAGUGUUACAGGCUCAUGGCUGUGCACCACAACUCUACUGUACCUUCAACAAUGGACUGUGCUAUGAAUUUAUACAGGGAGAAGCACUGGAUCCAAAGCAUGUCUGCAACCCUGCCAUUUUCAGACUAAUAGCACGUCAGCUUGCUAAAAUUCAUGCUAUCCAUGCACACAAUGGCUGGAUUCCCAAAUCUAAUCUAUGGCUAAAGAUGAGGAAAUACUUCUCUCUCAUUCCCACAGGAUUUGCAGAUGAAGAUCUUAAUAAAAGGUUCCUAAGUGAUAUUCCAAGCUCUCAGAUUCUUCAGGAAGAGAUGACUUGGAUGAAGAGGAUUCUUUCCAACCUGGGCUCACCUGUUGUGCUUUGCCAUAAUGACCUACUGUGUAAGAAUAUAAUCUACAAUGAAAAACAAGGUGAUGUACAGUUCAUUGAUUAUGAAUAUUCUGGAUACAACUACCUGGCAUAUGAUAUUGGAAAUCAUUUCAACGAAUUUGCAGGUGUGAGUGAGGUAGAUUAUAGUCUCUAUCCAGGUAGAGAACUACAGGGCCAGUGGCUGCGUUCUUACCUUGAAGCCUACAAAGAAUAUAAAGGCUUUGGGACUGAAGUUACUGAAAAGGAGGUAGAAAUACUCUUCAUUCAAGUCAAUCAGUUUGCAUUGGCUUCUCAUUUCUUUUGGGGAUUGUGGGCUUUGAUUCAAGCCAAAUACUCCACUAUUGACUUUGAUUUCCUUGGGUAUGCAGUUGUUCGUUUUAACCAAUACUUUAAAAUGAAGCCUGAGGUUACUGCAUUAAAAAUGCCUGAGUAAAGAUGUAAUUAUUCUGAAGGAGCUGAACAAUGCUUGUGAAUCUUUUUCUUAAGAAAUUCUGAAAAGCUAAUUAUUUGUUAAAAUUCUGUUAUUUAAUUUGGUUAUCUUGCUUUACAAAUUAUGCCUCUACCAACCAGUUUGUUUUUUAAAUAGACUGAAUGAUGUCAAAAAAUAUACCUACUGCUAUUAGUAUGCAGUAGAUUAGAAAAUUGUUAAAUCUGCAAAAAGGUAUAAAGAUGAUGUCAGUUUAAUCUUUUCUUUGAUAAUUUAAUCUGUUAUAUGUGAAUUAUUUAUUAUAAAUGUAACAUGAUUCCGUGAUUGCUUUCAUCUAUUUCAUCUGUUAAGUGUAAGCAAUGAAAAUGUUCCAGAGGAAAGUUUUUUUUUUACUUAAUAAGGUUAAUUUUUGUUAAACGUUCUAGGUGUUCAUUGUAACUUUUUUUAUCUUGAUACACUAUAUAAGCAAAAUGGAUCAUUUACUCUUGAAAUGCCAGACACUGGUAUAGACAACUUAGGAUGUUCAUUGAAAAAUACUUAUUUAGGAGGGUGAAAUACAUACACUAUCUAUGGUAGUGGCACAUUGUUUUGAAUUGAAUAUUGAAAACUGUUUCUUUUGGGGGAAUAUACCUUAGAAUUUAAUUCUCCUUUCCAUACAUAGUCUGGCAGUAUAAAUAUUAAUAUUUACUGUAUAAUCCUAGAAUAGAUAGGAUGAUUUUGUUACCAAAAUCUGCAUUCAGUAAUGUCCUCAUAUACUAAAUAUGGUCAUUUAAGUUACUAGUUUGUUUUUAACAUUUUAGUAUAUCAAAUUACUUCUAAACAAACGUUUUAUUUUCUUAUUGAGAUGUUCUGUGCAUUUAUUAUUAAAUAAUAGCUAGUAGACUAAUUGCUAAUUUUGGAUACAAAGAUAGAAUGUUUAUCAUACUUGGGAACAAGAAAAUGUUAUUUAGGUUGAUUCUGUUUUACCCCUGUAGAUUCAUUUUUUACAUUUUAGUUUCAUGUUUUAGUUUGGCUUCAUGUCUUUGGAAUGAUAAUAAAUGAUUCCUGUAGGUUCAGAGAAGUAAGUCGAGGUGGUUAAAAUAAUUAAAUAAGGAACAUUUAAGGCAUUGAUCUUGUACACUUAAAAUCUGAUAUAACAAAAUGUGAAUUAUGCAGAAACACUCCUGGUAGGAAGGAUUCUGUUAGUUUUGAUUUGUCUUGAUUUUGUUUGUGUAUUUUUUUAUUUUGUUUUUGCCUGAGAGGAUGGUAAUUAUAUGGAUGAAGUUAGAGCUUUGGGAUAAGUAGGCUUCAAAUUUUGAAGACUUCUGUGUGGAGUUUAGUUCAUGGUUGUCUUUACUUAGUAAAUUAGUCUGACAGGCUUUUCACUUGGUCACAUAAGUGCCCAUGUACAAAGUUGGUUUAAUGAAUCUGCAUAUUCAGAAUAUGCAAAUACACAUUUAUCCUCUGAGAAAUCUUCUGGGGAGUCUGAUGUAUUAUUCCAAAUGACUUAUAUUCUCAGAUAAGUGCUUUAAAAUACUUGGAUUAUCUCAAGAUGUUUAAAAAUAAUAAAGUAGAAAAACUUAAAGGCCAUUUAAAAUGGUACAUUCUAGUUACAUAAUAGAAUCUUAAAAUCUGUUUGUAUCUAUAACAGUGUUAGACCAAGGUUUGUUUUCUACCUCCCCAUGUUAAAGAUGUUCACUUCUGUUAUUAUAAACCACAUUGUUGUAGAAUUUUACCAAAUUGACUAAAUGAAUGGAACCAAUUAAACAAUACCUUUUUAUAUAAUGUUAGAGUAUACUUGAAAAAUUGUUUUGGUGGAAUUUUCAUCUGUGGUUGGAAUAUUUUCAACGAUGAAGAAUAUGUAAUACUCUUGAGUUUUUUGCUUUCCGACUUCUUAAACUGCAACAGUAUAUAUCUACAGUGGGAGUAGAGAAGAUCAUUUUUCUAUCUUACUCCGUAUUCUUCAAACCAUUUUGAAUAGAGAUUCACUGAGCCAUUGCUGGUAGACUGUGCAUACUAGCUGUGACACUAUUGUAAGCAUUUCAGAAAGAUUCAUAUAGAAGUGAAUGUAAAGGGGAAUAAAAGGCUCUCACUUUAUCCCUAGGAGCAUCCACUGGAUCUUGGAACUUAAUCAGAUAUUUAAGAUAUUCCUCCACUCUGGUUAGAUUUUGGAUGUUGUGAUGCUCUCACUUCUGUACAGGUUUUUUGUUUGUUUGGUGUUUUUUUUUUUUUUUUUUUUGGAUCAUGCUGCAGGGUAUUAAUAGGGUUCAAAAUCGUUUCUCUUUUUGUUGACCAUUUAAGAGAUUCUAAAAGAAGAACUCUCCUAAAAUUUAUCCUGUGGCUUCUUGAGAUGUCUGUUGCCUUUUUACGUUAAGCUAAGGAACUUGAAUGCCUUACCUAAUAAUUCAACUUGUAAGCUCAUUUUGUAAAUAUGAAAAUGGUUGUUAGAAAGGUGGCAUUCAUGUGUACUCAUUGUUAGUCAAUAGACCAUAGUGGCCUGGAUGCUUUAACAAGCAAAAUUCCACAGUUUUUUCAUCUUUGUUCUUUACAUACUUGUUAGAUCUAACCUGACCAGUAAUAUGCGAUUACCUCCCUACCCCCAUGCUACCACUAUUUUCUGGAAAUCAAAGAGAUGUGGUAGUAAAUCAUACUGUUCACAUGAUCAUUUGAGAUCAAAAUGAGCACAAAACUCAUCAACUAUAGGUCUGCCUGGAAUGUAUAUAAAACAGUGUAAAUAAAAAUUUGUAAAUUAGUGUGAAUUGUAUCUUGCAUAUGAGAUUGUGUAUUGUUUUGGAUUCUCUUCCCUUUUGUAGAAAAUGUUCUGUGAGGAACUGAUCCAGUUCCUUGGUUUUAGACUGGAAAUAGCCAGCAGUUCUGGCUGCACAAGUAGGAUAACAAGAGGAACUGGAAAUAGGGUUCAUCAGUUUUUGUUAAUCAGUACUUAUUUAUUUAGCCUCUCAGUGCCUAAUAUGACUUCUUCAUUCUUGAGUUGUUCAUUCGUUUUCGUGAGGUUAGAUUCCUGCAAGUGGUCAGUUAGUACACACUGUUAAGAGUUCCAUUCCAUGAUUCUAAGCUCAAGAAAAUUAAAAAUACAAUUUAAUGAGUGCAAACGGAAGUAUUAUUCUUUCCUAUUUUCCAGGUUGUUAACCUUUUCCUACAAAAAACAUGAAAGUUUUGAUAUCUCAAUGUGAAUGAAUCUCAAUCCCAUAUAUACAAGAGAUAUGAUAAAUAAUAGCUCUUAGUUUAACCGAAGCAUAUCUCAGUUGACUUCUCUGAAUAUAAAGUUGUUCAUUAUGGGAUUGCAAACAACAAAAAGAUAUAAGUAAUCUUUUAAUGACUGCUAUUUCCAUUUUUGCUGUACUAAAAAUAUUUAUUUUAACUUCACAAAUAUGUUACUAAAGCUUUCAGAGUUAAAGAAAAAAGUCCUCUCAGAUACUUCGUUACAAAUUAAAAACCUCCACUUUAAUAAUUAUAUAGGUAUUUUUUUUUUUACAUUACACAAAGCCUGUGCCAUUUUUAAUUCCUUUGUAAUAUAUAUAUGAGAAUACUAUCAGUUUGAUUUUUCUGCUUUAAAUUGCCUUUAAUAAGCAUUUUAUACUGCAUUCCAAAGUGAUACAGACUUCAGCUGAUAGAUAAAGUUAACAGUGCUUUGUGCUAGCAGGAGAGUUUUGUUAUUGGCAGCAACUUGCACUACUUUACACAAUAGGCAAAUGCUAGUAAUUGUUAUGCACAGAGGGAAAUGGAACUACAAGUAUGUGGUAAAGCAGCUUUAUCUUUAUUUCAAAAUUAAUUUGCUCUGAUUUUUCUUCAGUUCAUUAGAUUUUAGACUGUCCUUUGACUGGAAACUUAGUUACAUAAGGCAUUGUUUUGUUUUUGCUUCUUUUUUAAAAGAAAUGAGUUAUAUUGAACUGUCUUUUUUUUCUUCCUACCUGCCACCUGUGUGAUUAUAGUGUUAUAUUUUGGGUUUGAUGUGUUUAGACAGAAAAGCAUAUCAAUUAUUUUAAAUGAAUUUUCCACCUUCUUUGAAGCUUUAGUUUCUAAAAUGUGUUACUAUAAAAGAAAAUGCUUGGGGUUCUAUUACUUGAAAUCUCGGGGAAAAAAACUGAAAUUAACAAGAUAUACUACAUAAUGAAUUAAAUUUUUCUGGACAUGGCUUUUAUGUUAAAAAUUUUAUUUCUGUAUCAUAAUUUAAAAUAGGAGAUUUUCAACUAUUUCAAUGGGAAAAAUAAUGGUAGUGCUAAUAGAGAAUACCCAUUUGUGCUGGGCAUCCAAAAUUAAAGUUUUUAGUAGUUUGCUGUCCUGAAGUCUGCUUUCUCUUCUUUGCUAUGCACUUACUAUGCCACUGAUGUUAUCAAACAGCAGGUUAAAAUAAAAUGUGUUAAUUAUGAAUCCUAUGGCUUUUCUGGUUAUGAAAAAAAUUGUGUAAAAUACCCAAUGUAGGCAUAUUUUUGUUUACAUCUUAUCCAUUAAUGGUAUAAAUAUCCAUUAAUCAUUUUAACAAAACACAAGAGACUUAUAAAAAUUGAAAAGAUUACAUACUGUAUUUAAACUAGUUAGUGAUGAAUAAGAAAAACCCAGCUGAUAUAAAUUGUUACAUUAGUUAAAUCUUAAAACUCUAACAAAGAAACUUUCAAAGCUAGGUUGAGACCUGACGGUAUCUAUGUAAACUAGCUCCUGUGGCUUGGAAAAGACCCCCAAGAAGCAGUGGAGGAGAGAAUUUGCUUGUCAUGGUUGUGGUGUGCUGCUACUCAAUUUUGGUAGUGACACACUGAAAUUUUUAUUUUCCAAUGAUCUGAAGAAGUUUCCUGUCAUUUUUACUAAAGUAACUAUACAUUGGUGGAAUUUGCUAAGAGGAAACUUUUAAACUGUACUAUAUUUAGGAGACUUUGUACAGCUGGGUAGAGUUUCCAUGAUAUGAAAUAUUUGAAUUUUAAAAUAUACUAUUAUAACAAAGAAAACAUGGCACUAUUCCAUGUUCUUAAAUGAUACAUUUCUUAUUCAGAUUCAGAAGCAUAAAAAACAAAAUAAUUGUCAUUGCCUUAGUUGUAUGUUGAAUUGGAAAUUGGCAUAAAGCUUAAGCUUGUGAUUAUCAAAUGUGAACCAUAGUAGUAUAAUGCUGCUUUGUAUAUACUGUAAGUGCUACAAAUAGUCUCAGCACUGAAAAUGUAUUGAUACCUCUCAAAUGAAUGCAACUUUUGAUGGAGGUGUUUUGAUAUGCCUCAGAAAGUAUCUGAGAAUCUGAGAACUUGUUAAUCUCUUUGGUAAUGAAGAUACUUCCUGUUUUUGUUGCAUAUUUUCAUGUUUAAAAUUUAAUUUUUACAUUUUUACUACUGUUAAUUUAAGUAAAAGUUGUUCUGUGGAUAAAAUGGGGUUGCCAGUGAAGAAAAUUAAAAACAGCCUCAUUCAUGUAACUGCUUAAGUAAAAAUAUGUUUUUGCUCUAUGUUCAUAAACUUUUACUGAAGCUGUUUGCAUUUCUGUUUAAAUAUGUGACAUUUAGGCUUUAUUUCUGUUUAAUAAGGCCUCAUACCAUUGAUUAAAUGAAGGAAUGUAUCUUUUUGAAGAGAUUUAUAUUCUGUAAAUAAAAAUUGGUUGUAACAAUAAAGUUGGGUUCUA